UUCAAAUAUCUAUUUCCAUUUUCAGAGGUUUCGUCGGAUCUGAACAAUAUACAAGACUUUUUUAGAGAGAGAAAGUUUGAGAGAGAGAGAGUUUGGUAAUGGCAUCGUUUGAUGAUACUUUCAGCACCGACGGAGGAGAGGACGUGAGGUCGACGUCCCGGCCCUUCGACGACGACUACAUCGGCUACGACCCUCGCCUCUCAUCCCAACGCUACGAAUCUUAUUCAUCCUUUGACGCUCCCGCCGGAGACGACGCUCCUCCUCCGGCCGACUACCACGGAUUCCCCGCUGCUGCUGCUGACGACGACGUCACCGUCGAACACACCUCAUUUCCCCUCGAUAACAACAGCAACAACCACACUCACUCGCCGGAACCCUAUGGUUUCGGUUCGUCCCCGACUCCUGAGUACUCUCCGUCGCCGUUCGAGUCCUCUGUUCCGGAAUCGAACGGCGAUUCGAAGCCCUACGAUCUCGGAGCUGAUACCGACGGCCUCUUCACUUCUGACGGUCCGCUGCUACCGGAGCCGAGCGAAAUGCGGGAGGAAGGCGCUGCUUAUCGCGAGUGGCGUCGCCAAAAUGCCAUCUAUCUUGAGGAAAAAGAGAAGAGGGAGAAGGAGAUGCGGAUUCAGAUCAUCAAUGAAGCUGAAGAGUAUAAGCGAUCUUUUUAUGAGAAAAGAAAGCUUAACUGCGAGACUAACAAGGCUCAGAAUAGAGAAAGAGAGAAGUUGUACUUGGCCAAUCAAGAAAAGUUCCAUAAAGAAGCUGACAAACAGUACUUUAAAGCAAUAGCGGAGCUUAUUCCUCGUGAGGUCCCUAAUAUUGAGAGGAGGAGGGGGAAGAAGAGUGAAGAAAAUAAGCCUUCAAUUGUGGUCAUUCAGGGCCCCAAGCCUGGGAAGCCCACUGAUCUUGCAAGAAUGCGCCAAAUCCUUGUGAAGCUGAAGCAAACCCCUCCACCACAUAUGUUACCUCCUCCACCUAAAAGUGAAAAAGAUGGCGAGGAUGCAAAGGGAGGGAAGGAUGCCAAGACCGAGAAAGAUGCCAAGAACGGUAAAGAUGCCAAGAAUGCUAAAGAUGCCACAGCAGCAGCUGUCAAAGAAGAAAAGGAUGCUACUAAUGGUUCACCAGAUACAUCCAAGAAUGACAAAGAUGUAGCGUUGGCCGGAACUGGGGCCGUUGCUGAGGUCAAGCCUUCUUCACCUGCUACAGAGGAAGCUACUAAUGGCAUCCCUCCUGAUACAUCCAAACCAGAUGCCUCUGCUGCAACUGAAGGCGAGGAGACUACAGAGAUCAAAUCGCCCUCAACUGAUUGACUGACUGAUACUGUUCUUUGAAAGCAAUUCUUACUUCCUGACUACAUCCUGUUCCUUUUUUCCCCACGUUACUUUAACACCCUGCUUACCAUAUGUAAUGCAGAAUAAGAGCAGCUGUAUCUUUUUGCUUCAGUCUGCUUCAUAAGCUGUGGAGAGCAACUUUCCCAACUUACUUUAGGGUUCAUUUUGGUUUAGAUUAGAAAUCUGUUAUUUGCUUUUGAACCACUGGAUACUUAAGCUCGAAAAUUUUAUUUCCAGAUUUGUAUCUGACCUUCAAAUUCAUUUUGGCUCACACUCAUUUUGCAUUCUUCUGUACCUGGUUAUUGUUAGGUGAAUAUUGGCAAUUUGAUGUUACGGAUGAA